AUGGCCGUGGAACCCUCGGCGCCCAGCGACCUGCAGGUGGCCUCGGCUGGUGCCGAGGAGGUCCUAUGCAGUUGGAAGCCACCGCAGGACAACGGCGGGGAGCCCGUGCUGCACUACGUCUUGGAGUACGCGCCGGAGCCACUCUUCAACACCUGGCAGGAAGAUGGGCCCUACCCGGACAACACCCAGUUCACAAAGACGAUCUUCAACCUGGGGCAGGGGCUGGUGUAUCAGUUCCGGAUCCGUGCCGUGACCAAUGCCGGAGGUGGCUCCUACUCCAACGUGGUGUCGCAGGUCGUCGGCACCGCUCCGACGGCUGCACCAAGUGGCCUCACGAGGGCCUCCACCACCUCGGUGUCCUUGACCUGGGCCUGGUCGCCACUGCCCGUGGCGCAGACCGGUGGGGCACCCCUGGGCGGCUACCGCCUCUACAUGAACACUGGCCGGGACGAUGUGACCUCCUUGGUCUACGACGGCAGCGACAAGCCUUCGGCCACGGAGUUCACGGCCACCUCCCUGGUCUGCGGCAGAGUCUACAAGGCCGAGGUGUCCGCCGUGACCAGCAUCGGGGAAGGCCCCCGCAGCUCCAUGGCAGCUUUCAAGCUGGCGCACACGCCAUCGCAGCCCCGGUCGGCGCGAGUGUUGGCCAGCAGCACGGGCUCCAUCACGCUGGCCUGGGACAUCCCCGAGAGCACGGGCUGCACAGAGCUUGAGUACUACCGCAUCGAGCGCGACAUGGGUCAAGGCUUUGAGCCUGUCGCAAAUGUGUCGACGCCGAUUCAAACCUACACCGACACUGGAGAUUUGAGUCCUGGCCAAAUGUACAUCUACCGCAUCGCGGCCCGCAACGAUGCGCUGGAUUACUUCGGACCACACAGCUCGCAU